GGCGGCAGCGUUGCCACUGACACUGGCACAGUACACUCCUCCGUGUAUGCGCUGUUUCUGAGAUACCCGUGCCGCAUGCUAGGCCCCACUGUAUGACAUAGAGUAGGGAGAGCAGGUAACUUAUGGCUCGGGCUCUCUUAUGCCUAGUGUAUGGCGGGCGCUGUGCUGUGAGCGGCAGCGUGUCCGGGAUGAGGAAGGGGGACGGCUCCCAGGCUCUAGGAGGAGUCUGCGGUGUUUGCUAGCAGCUGACUCAGGGAUGCUGCUUCCUAGCACGGGACUCGGCUGACGGAGAGGGAGGAUAAGGCUGAGCUGCUGCCGGUCCCCCAGCAAUAUGCCUGCAUGGGGAAGCGACAGCGAAGCGGAGGACCGGAGCCCUCUGCUGGCAGAGGAGGAUGUGGUGCGGCAGGGCAGCAUACAGAGCCCCCCUCCUGCUAAAGUGCCUGUGUGCUGCUCUGCUCGCUAUAAUCUGGCAGUGAUGGCGUUACUUGGCUUCUUCAUGUUAUAUGCACUACGUGUUAAUCUGAGUGUAGCGCUGGUGGACAUGGUAAAUUCAACAUCAAGUGAACAAGAAAACAGAAGCUCCAGUGUGUGUCCUGACCACUCUGUUCAUCCCAAAACACCUCAUAAUUCCACGGGCAAGAAGUACAAUUGGGACGCAGAUACCCAAGGAUGGAUACUUGGAUCCUUUUUCUAUGGAUAUAUCCUCACUCAGAUUCCUGGUGGAUACUUUGCUGGUAAAAUUGGUGGCAAGUUAUUGCUGGGAUGUGGAAUCCUGGGCACUGCAGUAUUUACUCUACUAACUCCAUUAGCUGCGGAUUUAGGAGCAGGGUACCUUAUAGCAGUUCGAGCACUUGAAGGACUUGGAGAGGGCGUGACGUUCCCAGCUAUGCAUGCAAUGUGGUCAUCUUGGGCACCCCCUCUCGAGCGUAGCAGACUUCUAAGCCUUUCCUAUGCAGGGGCACAGCUUGGAACGGUUGUAUCCCUUCCUGUGUCCGGAUUAAUUUGUUACUACGUGAACUGGAUUUAUGUCUUUUACAUUUUUGGAGCGCUUGGUGUCUUGUGGUUUAUUAUGUGGUUGAUAUUUGUCAGUGACACCCCACAAACUCACCGCACGAUCUCAGAUUCUGAGAAAGAAUAUAUCCUGUCUACCCUCAAAAGUGAGCUAUGUAAGGAGAAGGUCAUACCUGUUUGUGCUAUGAUGAAGUCAUUGCCACUGUGGGCUAUUGUUGUAGCUCAUUUUUCUUAUAACUGGACCUUUUACACUCUGCUGACUUUAUUACCUACAUAUAUGAAGGAGAUCUUACGAUUUAAUGCACAACAGAAUGGCUUUCUCUCUGCACUCCCUUACUUUGGGUGUUGGCUGUGUAUGAACAUUACUGGUCUCAUUGCAGACUUCAUGAGAGAGAGGCUGAAUUUCUCAACUGUAGCCGUCCGCAAAAUAUUUAACACAUUGGGAAUGAUUGGACCUGCAGUAUUUCUGUUGGCGGCUGGUUACACUGGAUGUAGUUAUACCCUGGCAGUUGUAUUCCUCACACUGUCAACCACAUUUGGAGGAUUCAGUAUGUCUGGAUACAACAUAAAUCACUUAGACAUUGCACCAUCAUUUGCUGGGCUGUUACUUGGAAUCACAAACACAUUUGCCACAAUUCCUGGAAUGGUCGGUCCAGUUAUUGCCAAAAGUUUAACUCAUGAAAACACCGUUGCACAGUGGCAAAUAGUUUUCUACAUUGCUGCUGCCAUUAAUGUUUUUGGAGCCAUCAUCUUUGCCAUAUUUGCCAGUGGUACAGUUCAAGACUGGGCAGUGAGGACUAAUAGGGCACAGAGAAGCUAAGGAAGAGAUGCACGAUCACAGGAUGCCUGGGAAUACUUCACUUACUGAAAACUGUCCUCAACACUAAGAUUGCACUUCAAAUUCAAGAUGGAGUCCUAGGUUAUGAAUAAGGCUUUAUAAACGUGAGCUGUCCGUAAACAAGACGGUCUUCGCCUGUUUUCACAUUUUAGGCAACUCAAUAUGAAUGUCUAUUCCAAAGAGGAUUCUGAAAAGGGAAUUUCUUACUUCAACCACUUACUAAAGACUCAGACAAUUUGUACAGAUAUAACUGUUCUUCUGUUCUCUGUGACACAGAAAGAUGUACUGUAUAUUGCUUCAUGUUACAAAGCACAGCAUACCCAAGUGUGAUACUUAUUAUGUAUUAAGUGCCUUCUGAAUUAACAAUUGCUACCGUAAUCCAUUCAAUUUGUAAAAUUGGUGAUCUAUCAAUCCUACAGUAUAUGACCCUCUGGGGAAACAUCAGCUGUACAGAAAUACAAGUUGUUUACAUGUGAAGCAAAGGGAAUAUAUAAUUAUGCAUUUAAGUCAUAACUAAAGCAAAACGUUAUCAUUUGUAAUGAAGAUGACCAACAAACAGAAAAAUGUAUGUUUUAUAGUAAAUCAACAGAAUAACACUUGUGUGAAAGUGUGCAUGUACAAGUCUAUUCAUGUAUGUUAUGUUUUGGUUUAUCAGAGUCAAAAGCUUGUUUUAUGAACUUCACGAACGCACCUUAAUGACUUAGAAUGAAUACCCAUGUGUAUGAGAUGUUGUAGCUUGUAAGAUCCCCUGGAUGAAUGUUAUAUUGAAGCACAGCAUUGUGGUACACACCAUAUACAUUAUCAUGUAAUGUUCACAGGACCUGCUCUACCAGUCAGUGAACCUAGGCAGGGCACCAGGGAUGAGGGCGCAUGUGUGAUACUGUCACUCAUUCAGUGUUCCCUGUGGUGUCUCAACAUUGGGACCGGCUGCUGAAAUGGAGCAGCUGCUUCUUUUCUGUCAUGUUAAAUGUUGCUAUUCCUCCAGGUUGGUAAUGAUGUCACAGUUCCACAGAAGGUGGAAAGGCAUAUAGGGUGCCUGCACAUGGAAUGUUGGUGAAGGGGGUGGUCUUUAGUAUGCCGCCAGCCGGGAUCCUGGGGACCAGCAUACUGGCGCCGGGAUCCAGACCGCCAGCAUGCCCACACAUAUUCUACCUCUUAGGGGUCCAUGACCCCCCUGGAGGGAGAAUAAAUAGCGUGGCGUGCAUAGCCAACCCGCAAGGGGCCCAUUAACGCUCUGUAUGCUGGCCCUGGGAUCCUGGCCACUGGCAACUCAUACUGCACCCCCUUGUAGUAUGUUAGUAAAAAAGAAACUUCUAUUGUGAAAGCACAUAAUGUUAUAUCAUGCUGCUCAUGUGAAUACCUUUUGGCCAAAAUAUUGUUUUUUUUAUUUUAUUUUUGGCGGAUGAGUAGGAUUCCUUUGAAAUGCAUCAUUUUAGAAGGCAAUGGAGGAAACGACUGUCUCAGAAACCAAUAAUCCAGUUGCGUUGUCCAGGCAUUCGUGUACAAGCCAAAAGAUUCUCAUUAGUGGUGUACUGUCUCUGCAUGUGUCUGGUAUGAAGAUUCAUUCCUUACCAUACAUUCAGAAGCAAAAGCUCAUACCCCUCCACCGGGUGUAGUAUGCAUAAAAUAGAUUAUAUGCUUUUUUUUUUUUUUUAACAGUGCUUUGUGUAAAGUAUGAAAGAUCAACUUAAACCUUUUUUCUAUUUUAUAUGAGAGUCAAAUAUUAAUACAUUUAAUUUCCAAGUUUGUAGACAUAAUUUUACUCUGUGGCUUAUGUGUAAAAUGUUAUCCAUAAGAAUAGAACUCAGGCUUAUGUGGUUGUUCGUAAUGCACUAACAGCGUCUAUUGCAUGACCUAUUCAUUAGAAUUCAUUCCUUUAAGUACAGUGCAUACAAGUCUAUAUUUUUUUGCCAUGAAGUAUGUUUUCCCAAGUGUAAGUGUUGCAUUCCUGGCUAGACGGUAUGCUAAAUUCCAUAGCAAUGUUACUUUUUCCUGCAUUCAUAAUGCAAAAAAAUGCGUUGUGUGGCAAGUGCAAGAGUACAAUGUCAUUAUAAAUGAUUCCACAUUGUGCCACAAGGUGGCGGUGGUGGUAUAAACAGAACAUAGUGCCUUCCAUGUAAAACUGGUGCAAUUUGUGAAUCUGUAGUUUCUUUGUCACAUUAUUUUUAUUUUGAUAAAUCAGUGUAGCAAAUUACACUGCAAUGCAAUAAAAGAAAAAAUCCAAA